AUGUGGCUCAUGAAUACCAAGACCUACAAACUUGAGAACUUCGUUAAUCCACCAAGUUCCUACUCGAUCCUGUCUCACACAUGGGAAGGAGAUGAAGUUUUCUUCCAAGACAUGGAGAGCCUCCCCUACGCAAGAAGCAAGGCAGGCUGGAAAAAGAUACAAAUGACUUGCGAAGCAUCCCGUCAAGCCAAUUUCUCUUACACCUGGAUUGAUACAUGUUGCAUCGAUAAAAGAAGCAGCGCUGAGCUUAGCGAGGCUAUCAACUCCAUGUUCGCAUGGUAUCAGCACUCUUCAGUAUGCUACGUUUACCUCUCCGACUUGGUGUUCCCUUGCUCGCCGGUCGACACGGUCAUGCCCAAGUCAGAUGAGGGCCGGCAAUGGGCGGACGUAGCUUUUUCUAAGCUCGAAGAUGAACUGAGGGCGUGUCGAUGGUUCACGAGAGGCUGGACUCUUCAAGAGUUGAUCGCUCCCAGUCAAGUCGUGUUUCUCGACCAAAAUUGGAAUCGCAUCGGAUCAAGAACUCUGGGAUCAGACCUGCGAUUCAUCAAGACCUUGGAAAGGCUGACAGGCAUACCGAGUACAGUCCUGGACUAUAAGAGCGAUAUCGCGACUAUCCCUGUUGCGCAAAGAAUGUCUUGGGCGGCGUGCAGAGAAACAACCCGUGUUGAAGAUAUUGCCUAUUGUCUUUUAGGGAUUUUCAAUGUUAACAUGCCUCUUCUCUACGGAGAAGGUUCAAAGUCUUUUCUUCGGCUCCAGGAGGAAAUUGUGAAGAGCCAUGAUGACCUCAGCCUUUUUGCUUGGAAACAAGACUCCGCAUCAUACGGCAUUGGUUUACUUCGAGGAUGCUUUGCAGAUUCACCGGCCGAGUUCGCUCACUGGCUGAAUAUCCAAAUCAGUGUGAAUAAUUUCGAAUCUGGCAUGGAAGUCACUAGUAAAAAUGUUAAGAUGGACGGCCGAGUCCUCAGAAAGGAAGAUCACCCAGCAGGCACUGCGCAUGGUGUGGAAUGUAUAUUCGACCUGAGUGUACGGGACCCCGAUGAUGAGAACUAUUCUCUGGGAAUCCUUUUGGCGGGCUCUAGCCGGAGUCUUACUCACUUUCGAUUCAAGCCCUACGAACUGAUCAAGUUGCCGCCGAGAAAAGCCUUGCUUUGCAGAGAUGACUUUGAUAGCGGUGCCGAAUUUGACGUUAUGUGUUGGGAGCAGGAAGAAGCGCGGGAAGAGUCGGAGCGGAAAACUAUUUUCAUCCGAAAAUCCAUUUCAGUCCAGGAAACUCGCAUGAUGGGCCAUCUUCAAAAGCCUCUAUUCAAGAUCCAUUGGCAUGGAGACGUCUUGAAGGUUCUCAAAUCAGUCAAUGGCCAAACCACCAAAGAAUAUAUACCUUCGUUUGAAUGUCACCCGGAUUCUGCGUUCCACCAAGACGGGACACUUACGUGGGUUACUGACUUUGAGCUACAAAUUAACCCUCAACACGUUGUCUCAUUUGUUCUUGCAACCGGACUACAAUGGGCACCCGAAGAUCUUGGCGCGACUUGCUUUAGACGGGCAGAGCUGCAUUACCCACACUUCUGGGCAGUUCUGUUCGGUGAAGGGCGAGCUUACGCUAUAAGCAAUAGAGGGGAAUUUGACAACCAGUCUACAGGACUUAGGGUAGACGGUGAGGGUGGAGACAAUUCUGCAAUAGUAAGCUAUAUCAAGCGCAUGGAUCAUCGAGAGAGAGGAACAUAUGUCCGGGAAAGGUUGUUAAAGCACCAUGGCGGUGACACGGGUUUGAUAUAUGACAGAUAUGGCGGAAGGCUGGCUAGGCUUGUGAGGAUAUUUUCACCCCUCGACAGAGCGUUGCCUACGUGCGAUGUGUGGAUGGAAUCUCGAAAUUGUGAGUUCGAUGAUUAUGGGGAACUCGAAAUCAGGAUCGGGCCAUGCCAUGAAUUGGGAUGGUAA